UUUGACUUUUUCUUGAAUGUCUAAUAUAGAAAAGAAUGUAAUAAUGAUCUAGAAAUGACCAUGAAUAAAGUUUCAGGGGUUAAAAAAAAGUGUCUGCUUCGUGCGCAGAUUUACAAGCGACUCGUUGCGUCUUUACAGAGGAAGAGGUCGAUCCAUGUAGUUUAAAGAGCUGCGGACUGCAGAAAAGAGUUGCAGCGGACCUGAACGCACCCUGCUAACACUGCUAACUAGCCUGUCCAUGUAAACAACACAGAAGGAUGUGAUUUUGAAGUCUUCUUUUUUUAUAGUCUCUGUUCUUUUUUCGCUCACCAUGACGCAGCCGGCAGAGAAAGCUUAUUAUCGCUUUGUGGUGCUGUUCUUCAACUGCCUGCUGACAUUUGGCUCCUACUUCUGCUUUGACAUGCCCAGUGUUUUGCAGGAUCAGUUCCAAGGGAACCUGACAUGUCCCAAUGCAACAGUGAUCAAUGGGACGGUGGACUGUGUGGAGGGAUUGGGGAUGAGCCCUCAGCAGUACAAUCUUCUUUAUGCCAUCUAUGCUUGGACGAAUGCAGUUGUGGUGAUCCUGGCUGGGUUCCUGAUUGACAAAUUAGGAAACCGCUUUGGAGUAUUUCUGUUCUCCUUUCUGUGUGUUUUGGGCUCGUCGCUGUUUGCACUGGGUUCCCACUAUAAAGGAUCUCCCUAUCUGCUGCCACUUAUGCUCACAGGCCGACUACUUUUUGGAUCAGGCAACGGAUCUCUGACCAUUGUUCAGAACCGCAUCACAGCCUUUUGGUUCAGAGGGAAGGAGCUGGCCUUGGCUUUCGGUCUGACCCUGGCUUUCUCUCGCCUGGGUUCAGUCCUGAACUUCUUCCUCACCCAGAAGUUUGAAGAAAAAUAUGGCAUGCAGUGGACACUCUGGGGUGGUGCACUGCUGUGUGUGCUGGGCUUUAUAUCUGCCAUUGUAGUCAGUGCCCUGGACAAGAUCGGUAUGACGCAGCUGGGUCUUGAUGGUGCCAUUCAAGAGGAGUCCCGCAAAGUGAGGAUUCAGGAUGUGAAGCUCCUGUCCCUAAGAUACUGGCUGCUGGUUCUCACCAUCAUGUUCUUCUACAACGGCAUUUUCCCAUUCAUCGCAGAUGCCAGUAAGUUCAUUCAGGAUAAGUACAGUGGCUACAGUCAGAAGGAGGCGGCCUACAUCGCCGGGGCAGUUUAUGACAGCUCACUGGUCCUCUCAGCCACCGUGGGCAUCCUCAUAGAUUAUGUGGGCCUGCGGGGCAUUUUCGCAGUGGCCUGCGCUGUCCUCACGCUGCCUGUGUUUGGACUCCUGGCCUUCACCUUUGUCCCUCCACUUGUCUCCACCAUAUGGCUCGGAGUCACCUACUCUUUUGCUGCUGCAAGCAUGUGGCCUUCUAUUCCCCUCGUGGUACCUCAGGCGACUCUGGGAACCGCCAUGGGUCUGGCCACCUCCGUACAGAUGGUUGGGAUUGGGGUGUCCAAUCUGGUUGUUGGGCAGAUUCUGGGCACCAAGUCCAGCGAAACAAAAAUUCCGCUGUGGCGUUGGCAGAGGAUGAUGAUCUUCAUGUUGGCUAACACUAUCAGCUGCAUCGUCACGUCAGUGCUGCUCAACACUGUCGACCACAGACAGGGCGGGACCCUGAACAAGACAACCAAGAGGUCAGCACAGGCAGAGAUAGAUUCAGACAGAGAGCCGCUCAACCAGGGAGAGGAACAGCAGGAGGAGGAAGAGGAAGAGGUGGUCAGAUCUCCUUCUAUCAACUCCUAAGUUUGAACAUCCCCCCCCCCUUUUUUUCCAGCAACACAACAAUUUGUAAUACAUUCAGUGUGAAUUACCAACAUACAGAUGUUUGCCUGUCGUCUAUUUUUAAUAAUCUGUGUUGUAAUUUGGUUUGAGUGAGAAUCAGUUAUGGAGUACACAGUCUUAGUGUUUCCAUAUAUGUCAGAAAUGGUUGCCAGGUUUUAUAAAAUGUACCUUAGAGCCACCCAGCUUCUAUAGCACCUAUCUUUACUUUCUCCACACGUCCAAACCUCACAAGUUCUCCAGCCGACUGGACAUGUGUGGGAGAGGCCACCUGCUUCCACUAGCCGUCUAGCAAUUAUGGAAGCAAAAGGAAUAUUAUUCUGGUAAUGUCUGAGCCCUUUCCAGGAUCAGGGGCCCCUCCAAGCCAUUAGGACCACCAAGUAUGUCGUAUAGAAGCUUGCCAGUGAAUUCCAUUAUCCAGACCCUCAGACGCUCCUAUGAUACAUAAGUUGCAACUUCCCCCAAUUUCCAGAUUAUCAGUCUUCACCUGUAAUUUUUUAUAAUCACUGCUCAACUGUGCCUAUCGCGUCUCCAUGGCAUCCAAGUAGACUGUAAAAUUCUUCAGCCCUUUUGUUAUUUUGUUUGCCACUACAUUCAUCCAGGGAAAUUUUAAUCAGAGAGAGGGCUUGUUUUGAUCUCUUCUCGUAUGCCACCGUUCUCUCUGAAUGCUUGUAGCACCUACAGUGUUCUUGCUAAUAGCCUCUGAGUUGCUAGCUUGCAUGGCUUCAGGAGGUUCGGGAGGCAUUUCUUUGUCCAAAAACUGACUCAAAAUAUCUGUUCAAGUAUUUAGUCUAAGAAUUUAAUAUUUGUACAUAUGUACAUGAUGAUAAGGUGUUUUCUGUUUUUAUUUCCAUUUUAGAAGUACAUAAUAAAUGAUGAUGAAACUUCUGCUAAGCACAGCUAUAUUUUGACACACUGUAAUUCUAAUAAUUUAGGAAAUAUAUCCAGACAUACACUAUAUAGUGGUAGCACUUGGAGAUUUGUGUGUCAUAGAAAAAUGGACUAUUGGCCUUGGUGGAGGUCUGUUCUCUUUGAGUGCCUUUCUAAUUUUUAUAUGUACAAGGUUUCAAAUUGAACUUGGUUUAUAACUGUACACCUCACUGAAACUACAUUUGUCUGUAGUUGCUACAGCAGAUAACUGAGCAGUGUUAAUGAAUCAGAUCCCUGUUAAACGGUGUUAACACCCAAAUAGCAUCAAUAACUUGUAUUCAAUGUUAAACCAGGUAUAAUACGGGUAAGAAGAAAAUCAACUUUUUUAUUUAGUUAUGAGUUUAUUUAAACUGAAACACAAUCUAUCAAUCACAUUAUCACUCAGCUAUCUCAUGUACUGCCAUAACUGACUGUGUGAAGCUUACUGAGGACACUAGAUAAUUUUAAUGUAGUGUGAAAAUGCAAAUCACUAAAAUGCCCCCCCCCACACACACACACACAACAAAACAAGUGUUUGUACCUCCUAUCAUGGUUUAAGAUGUCAGCAUGUACUUAGAGAAGGGAAUUUGAUAUGUUACAUUGCCCAAACAGCAAAAAUAAAAUGCUGUUUAUAUUUUUUGACAA